GUUUUGAAAUUGCAUAACCUACAAAUUAUGACAGAUUUGUACUGCUUUUUGUAGAUUACCUUCGUUUAUUUUGAUAAGAUAUGAUUUCACUUUUUGAUUGCUGUGGCGUGCUCUAACUAAAUAAAAACCGGAGAUUGUGAAUAUUAUUUAAUAAAACUCAUAAUGGAAUGCCAAAGAAUUUGUAUGGUCUCCGACUUUUUCUUUCCUAAUAUGGGAGGAGUGGAGGAACAUAUUUAUAAUCUGUCCCAAUGUUUACUGCAGAAAGGCCAUAAAGUUGUUAUAUUAACUCAUAGUUACGAGGAUCGAGUUGGUGUUAGAUACAUGACAAAUUUUUUAAAGGUUUACUAUUUGCCUAUACGAGUAUUCUACAAUCAGUGCAUUCUGCCAACCAUGAUUGCUAACAUACCCCUUAUUAGAUAUAUAUUUAUAAGGGAACGUAUAGAAAUUAUCCAUGGCCACUCAGCAUUUUCUGCCCUAGCACAUGAAGCUAUGCUUGUUGGUAAUCUUAUGGGACUGAAGACAGUAUUCACUGAUCAUAGUUUAUUUGGGUUUGCUGAUGCUAGUGCAGCAAUCACAAAUAAAUUAUUGGAAUUAUCGCUGGUAGGAUGUAAUCAUUGUAUAUGUGUGUCUCAUACAGGAAAGGAAAAUACAGUUUUACGUGCAAGAGUUGAUCAAAAAAGAGUUUCUGUGAUUCCUAAUGCUGUAGAUACAUACUAUUUUACUCCUGAUCCUGGUCAAAGAUCGAAAAACCAUGUUACAAUAGUUGUUGUCUCAAGGCUAGUGUAUAGAAAAGGAGUUGAUUUAACUGCUAAAAUAAUACCAGAGAUGUGUAACAAAUUUGAGGAUGUGAAUUUCUUGAUAGCUGGAGAUGGGCCAAAAAGAUGGUUGUUAGAAGAAAUAAGAGAAAGAAAGGGUCUUCAAGAUAGAGUUACUCUUCUUGGAGGUUUAGAGCAUUCACAGGUUAGAAAUGUUCUAGUGAAAGGACAUAUAUUUUUGAAUACAUCUUUAACAGAAGCUUAUUGUAUGGCAAUUGUGGAAGCUGCAUCUUGUGGCCUUAAAGUUGUUUCUACAAGAGUGGGGGGUAUUCCAGAAGUGUUGCCUUCUGACUUGAUCUAUUUAGCAGAACCUACAGUUGGCUCGAUAAUCCAAGCAUUGUGCAAUGCAAUAAAGGAUUUGAAAUUGGGAAAUACAAUAUGUCCCUACACAUGUAACAAAAGAAUAAGGGGAUACUACAAUUGGGAGAAUGUGUCAUCAAGAACAGAAAUUGUUUACAGAAAUAUUCCACAGGAAUCAAAACAACACCUUGGCAAGAAAUUGAGGAGCUAUCUUUCGAGUGGAGUUUGGCCUUUUCUGUUGGUAGUGAGUUUGUGUUACCUAAUUAUACAGUGCCUAGAAGUGCUGGUACCUAGAAGUAAUAUAGAUUAUGCAGAGGACAUCAAUUCAAAAGAAAAAAAGAUUAAGUAACAUGUCAACAAAUGAUGCCAUUUAUAAAGGUCUUCGGUAGAGAUUGUUUUUACAGGACUCUUAGACCCAAAAUGCAGAUUUAUUGAAAACAGUGAUACUAAUAAUAUUCUAGUCUGAUACCUUUACCGCGAACAAUUUAUCUUCAUCGAGAAAAUCAGGAAGUUGUAAUUUUAUAAUUUGUAAAGGAAAUAAAUAUUUAGCUUUA